AUGGUGGAGGAUGAAUCAUCGGUGUGGAAGAGUGAUGUUACUAGCCAACCAAAUAUUGAUCCCCCUAAUCUUCAACCACCGUCUACUCUGGUCGUUGUCCAGGAACAGUCCUUAUUUGCCAAACAUGAACGUAUUCAUACCAAGAAAAAUAAUUUCAACAGAUCUCUAAUUUCCAGUGUGAAGGAUGUAGAUGAUUUAGCAACUCUAGAAGUUUUGGAUGAGAAUACAGUCUCAGAGCAACUUGAGAAGUGUUAUGCCAGAGAUCAAAUCUAUAUCUAUGUGGGAGAUAUACUGAUUGCCCUCAACCCCUUUCAGAGUCUGGGUCUUUAUUCCACAAAGCAUUCCAAAGUAUAUACUGGAGCCAAGAGAACUGCCAAUCCUCCUCACAUUUUUGCAGUGGCUGACUUAGGGUACCAGUCUAUGGUUACAUAUAAUUCAGAUCAGUGCAUCGUUAUUUCUGGAGAAAGUGGUGCUGGGAAGACUGAAAGUGCCCAUCUUUUGGUUCAGCAGCUGACGGUGCUCGGGAAGGCUAAUAAUAGAACACUCCAAGAGAAGAUUUUACAAGUGAACAAUUUGGUGGAAGCCUUUGGCAAUGCCUGCACUGUUAUAAAUGACAAUUCCAGCAGAUUUGGAAAAUACUUAGAAAUGAAAUUCACUUCUUCUGGAGCUGUGGUGGGAGCACAGAUUUCUGAGUACCUUCUGGAAAAAUCUCGAGUUAUCCACCAAGCUGUGUGUGAGGGUGUUGGAGACCUUGGCUGCACAGGUGAUCCCCAGGGUCCAGGGCAGAUGAACAUCUGUGAGAGCCCUGAGGGCCUUUCUACAAUUGGUGGAGAGAAAAAUUUUCACAUUUUUUACUACAUCUAUGCUGGAUUAGCUGAAAAGAAGAAACUAGCCCAUUACAAAUUGCCUAAUAAUAAACCUCCCAGGUACCUUCAAAAUGACCACCUCAGAACAGUACAGGACAUGAUGAAUAAUAGUUUCUAUAAAUCCCAGUAUGAAUUAACAGAGCAAUGUUUCAAAGUCAUAGGCUUUACAAUGGAGGCAGAUGAGCUACAAGAAGCUCUCACCUCUCACUGUGUGGUGGCGAGAGGAGAAACAAUUAUACGUCCCAACACGGUAGAAAAAGCCACUGACGUCAGAGAUGCGAUGGCUAAAGCUUUAUAUGGGCGUCUCUUUAGUUGGAUAGUCAAUCGCAUUAACAGCUUGUUGAGGCAUGACACAUUGCGAAGUGGGAGUGGAGAUGAACUGAGCAUUGGCAUUCUUGAUAUAUUUGGCUUUGAAAAUUUCAAGAAAAAUUCCUUUGAGCAGCUGUGCAUUAACAUUGCAAAUGAACAAAUUCAGUAUUAUUUCAAUCAGCAUGUGUUUGCGUGGGAACAGAAUGAAUACCUGCAUGAAGAUGUUGAUGCCAGAGUUAUAGAAUAUGAAGAUAACCGGCCACUCUUAGACAUGUUCCUGCAGAAGCCAAUGGGUUUACUGUCCCUACUUGAUGAAGAAAGCAGAUUUCCCAAGGCCACUGACCAAACUCUUAUAGAAAAAUUUGAAAACAACCUGAAAUCACAGUACUUCUGGAAGCCCAAAAGAAUGGAACUUAGUUUUGGAAUUCACCACUAUGCAGGAAAGGGUGAAAACGGAGAAGCCACACGCCAUGCCAGAGAGACGACCAACAUGAAAACACAAACAGUUGCAUCAUAUUUUAGAUAUUCCCUGAUGGAUUUAUUAUCUAAAAUGGUGGUGGGCCAACCUCACUUUGUUCGCUGCAUCAAACCCAAUAACGACCGUCAGGCGAGAAAGUAUGACAAAGAGAAAGUUUUGCUCCAGCUUCGCUGUACAGGAAUCCUGGAAACAGCAAGAAUCCGAAGGCUAGGAUAUUCACAUCGGAUACUUUUUGCUGACUUUAUAAAGCGGUACUAUAUUCUCUGCUACAAGUGGAAUGAGGAGCCCCCAGUGAGCCCGAACACUUGUGCCACCAUUUUGGAAAAAGUUGGUCUUGAACACUGGGCUCUUGGAAAGACAAAAGUGUUUCUUAAAUAUUAUCAUGUGGAGCAGUUAAAUUUAAUGAGAAAAGAAAACAUUGACAAGCUUAUUUUGAUUCAAGCCUGUGUCAGAGGAUUCUUGGGUUCAAGAAGAUACCAUAAAACACAGGAGAAAAGGAACACAAGCGCCGUAAUAAUACAGUCAGCUGCAAGAAGACAUCUAGUCAGGAAACAAAAGCAAGAAAUUGUUAACAGGAAAAACACCGCAGUAACAACCAUUCAGACUCACGAUCAGGAAUUUGAUUACAAGAAAAACUUUGAAAAUAAAAGGUAUAGUGAUAUUUAUUCUUAUACCAUUUUGCCAUAUAGAUUUUUUAAGGAAUCUUUUUUGAAGAAACAAACAGAAAAUGCAGCCUCUCCUAAAGAAACAUCCAUUCCUGCUCCAAAUAAUAAAAGGAGUAGUACAUCUGUAGUGAAGACUUCUGCUUUCAAAGCUGAAGAAGAAGCCACCGAUGCUGUGGAGAGUAACAAGAGAGGAUUUCAAACGCAGAAAAAAAUGAACAAUGUGUCUGGGGAAGAGGCUAAGCAAGAAUUGUGUCUGGUGGGGGGUCCUUGGACAGAACUGAGCCCCAAACAGAAGUCUGUCAAAGACCUGGAAGAGGGCACUAAGAUCAAGAAAGUGGAGAAGGAGGAUGCUGUGCUCCAAAGUUGCAAUCAUAGGUAUGCAGAGGAAAGAGACUCGAAAAUGGCCUAUCUAGAAAGGAAGGGUACAUCAGAAAGGCCCAGCUACUCAGGACUCCUGUUAGCCAAAAAUGGGGUUAAGCAGCCUUCCUUUAAAACCAGUUUGGAACCUAGCUUUAGCCAAAAGCCGAUUUAUCAAAACACAAAUAGCAAAGAAAAGGAAAAGAAGACAUCUGUGGUUACCCAGAAUGGACCGAUAUGCAGCCAGGAGAAAAGCUGUCGGAGCCGUGGGACAGUCACAGAGAGGCAGGGCCAGCAGAUGAUACAGAACCUGGAAGAAGAUAAAGCAGCGGUGUUCAUUCAGAGCAAAUACCGAGGCUAUGAGAGAAGGCAGCAAUUAAGGAAGGAUGGGAUAUCCUCUUCUUUUAAGGAUCAAGAGAUUGUUGCAGCUACAACAGAAGUAGCAGAACACACUCCCAAUUUGUAUUCUUCUCCCAUAAAACACAAGGAAAUCUGUAAUUCCAAGAUGAGGGACAGCAGAGACUCAAAAGCAAUUUCAGAAAAAGAAGCAUGUGAUUUGGCAGUUUUCUCAAAACAGGUAUGUUAAUAAAUUAAUAGUAAAAAAUCUCUAGGAACUCUACAGUAGCUGGAUUAAUCAUUAAUAACUGAUAUAUUAUU